AUGUCGGACGGAAGUGUGGAACGUGCUGGCAGCAGACGUAAUGAGGAAGAGCUUGCUAGCAAGCAGCUCAACAUCCAAUACAAGAGAUACUAUGUGGACGUCAAACAAAACAACCGUGGACGUUUCAUCAAGAUCGCCGAGAUGGGAUCAAACUAUAAAUCUCGUCUUGUACUGACCAUGACAGCGGCGGUACAGCUGUGCGAGCAGCUCAGUGAGAUGAUCAAAUUCAGCGAGACCCUGCCUGAAGGAGCUGAAGCCACCGCUGAAAACGGCGCACUCAAGUCAGAGGUGCUUGCAUUCGAUUCGAGACGCUAUUAUCUGGAUCUGAAGGAGAACCAGCGCGGGCGCUUUCUCCGCAUUGCACAGACUGUCGCAAAUCCGCGCAUGAGCCGCGCUCAGAUUGCUAUCCCAGCUCAGGGCAUGAUUGAAAUGCGGGACACUCUCCAUGAGAUGCUUGAGAAGUACUCGGAAGGCUACUUGAAUGAUGGAAAUAGCACUGAUGCGAGUAAGACCAAGCAGCUGACCGCGGAUAACAAUAAGACCUUCUAUUUUGAUGUGGGAAAGAACGAUCGUGGAACAUUUGUUCGCGUGACUGAGGUGAAGCAGCCCACAGGUUAUCGCACUUCGAUAACUAUUCCUCAGUCCGCUCUGGACAAGUUCCGUCAUCUACUCGAUGACGUUAUCGAGGAUUUGGCAGCGCCGGCGGCAAAGGCGCAGGUGGGAGAGGGUGAUGCCUAG